AUGAUCAAAGCUGUCAUUAUUGCCUUCUCAUUAUUAUUUGGAGAACCGAUCUUUUCGAAACAUUACCGAGGAUUUGUAAAAAUAAUGGUUUUAGAUAAUUUUAACUCAGAAUUGUCGCUCCCUUUGCUGAGUCAGAAAAAUCCCAACACUCCUGGUGCUACUGAAGAGCCUGUAAGAAGAAAGAGAAACAGAGCAAAAGUUUGGUACCCUUAUGAUUUUCAAAAAGGAGGGGUUGAAGAAAGUAAAAGAUGACUUGAUGAUGACAGAAUGAGAAAAGAUGAAGAAGACCAGAAUAAGGUCUGGAAAAACCUCAGUGAUAUUAGAGGAUCAGAAGCAAGACAGAUCCUAGAAGCUCCAAGUAUUUCAAGUCCAAACUGAAAGACCUCUGAGGUUAACGAAAAAGUGAGCAUUUCCGAAAUUCCUCUUUUUAUUGAAAAAUUUUAA